AUGGUUUCCUUUUCCAAGAUUUGCGUCGUCGCCUUGUCGGCCGGCGGUGUCCUCGCCGCGCCCGCGCCCCACGGCCCUCUCGUCAAGUUUGGCGAGCUCAAGAAGCUGCCCUCUAGCUGGGUGGCCACCGGGGCCGCGGACAGCAGCGCCGUCAUCAAGGCCCAGAUUGGUAUCAAGCAGACCAACAUUAAGGGUCUCCAGGACAAGCUGGCGGACAUUGCCGACCCCAACAGCCCCAACUACGGUCAGUGGCUGUCCAGAGAGGAGGUAGCCAAGUACACCGCCCCCGCGGCGGCCGACGUUGCUGCCGUCAAGGCCUGGCUCGCCAGUUCUGGCAUCACCGACGUGGCCAUGCCCACCAACGAUUGGAUCGAGUUCUCCGUCCCCGUCUCCAAGAUGGAAACCCUCCUCGGAAGCAAGUACGAGUGGUUCGUCCACCUCGAGACUGGCGAAAAGGUUCCCCGGACCAAGGAGUUCUCCGUCCCGCAGAACCUCCACAGCCUCAUUGACGUCGUGACCCCGACCACGGUGCUCUACCACAACAUCAACCCGCACACCCACGACAGCCAGCUGGCCGCCGGCGCCGCCGGCCUCACCAGCCCGGCCUCGAUCAAGUCGGCGUACAACGUCGACUACAAGGGCACGGGCAACACGCUCGUCGCGACCACGGGCUUCCUCGGCGUCGGCGCCUCGCACGCCGACUACCUCAGCUUUGGCCGCCAGUUCUCGCCCGGGCUCGCCGACUUCCAGGACGUCAGCGUCAACGGCGGGCGCAACAGCGGCGACGGCAGCGCCCUCGAGGGCAACCUCGACACGCAGUACUGCGGCGCGCUGGCGGCGCCCAACCCGAGCGAGUACCUCGCGCACGCGCCCGAGGGCAGCGACAACGACUCCUUCAACGACGCCAUGACCGCCUUUGGCAGCUACCUCAACGCGGCCAGCAACCCGCCAUCGGCCGUGUCCACCAGCUACGGGGGCGAGGAGGACGGCGUCGACACCGGCUACCUCGACCGUAUCUGCAACGAGUUCAUGAAGGCCGGCUCGCGUGGCGUCUCCGUCUUCUUCUCCUCGGGCGACAACGGCGUUGGCGGCAACGGCGAGCCGAGCUGCCAGAACGGCUACUACCCGCUGUGGCCGGCCUCGUGUCCCUACGUCACCACCGUCGGCGGUACCGAGUUUGACAGCGCCGGCCGCGAAGUCGUCGCCAACUUUGAGCAGUACAACAAAAACACCAAGUCCCCCGGCGGCGGCUACUCCAACCACUUUGCCGCCCCCAGCUACAACAAGGCUGUCACGACCUCGUACGCCAAUGGUCUCGCCGCGCCCCAGAAGCAGCGCCUCAACCCCAACGGCCGUGGCUAUCCCGACAUUUCUCUCGUCAGUGUCAAGUACCAGGUCAACGUCAACGGCCAGGUUAGCCAGGUUCUCGGCACCUCUGCGUCCAGCCCCAGUGUCGCUGGCCUUGUCGGUCUGCUCAACGACUACCGCAAGACCCAGGGCAAGCCCAAUCUCGGCUUCAUCAACCCCCUGCUCUACUCUGGCAAGGUCAACGCCGCCCUUCGCGAUGUCACCUCGGGCUCCAACAAGGGCUGCGACAGUGUCGGUCUUCCCGCCAAGACCGGCUGGGACGCUGCCUCGGGUCUCGGAUCGUUUGACUUUGGAAAGCUCCGCACCCUCGUCUAA